AUGUUGAGAAGAAUACCCAACAUUCCAUUACGCCCAAACCCCUCACUCUGCAAGCUCCUCUCAUCUUCUUCCACACCAAAUUCAACCUCCAACUCUCCACACCCUCUCUCCCAAUCCCAACUCAACUCCUUAGUCCUCACCCACUACACUCCCCACCGCGGCAAAUUCACCAACCUCCUCCAAAACGUCGUCGCUUCACACCCCGUCCUCCUCACCGCCUCCCACAACCUCCGCACCGCCGCCCACAAUGCCCCCUCCCUCCUCGACUCCAACCACUUCUCCCUCCACGAAAUGGGUCUCCACCUCCGCGAAAAUCGCUUCGAUGUGGCAGCCUCUACCGUCUCUGUCGGGACAGGUCAGUCUUAUCUGGUCCUACCCACUUUGAAACUCAAAGUCCUGAUGGAAGCCAUCAGACUCGUACUCACCGCUAUCUACGACGAACGGUUCGCCACGUUUUCGUACGGGGGGCGUGUCAGCAUGGGGCGGCACACGGCCGUUAGGUACCUGAAGAACUCGGUGGUUAAUCCCACUUGGUGGUUCAGUGUCGGAUUCAACAGCGGCGCCGAGUUCGGAGCACGACACGUAGAUAAGCUGUGUUUCGUUUUGCAGCAGAAAAUAGAUGACGAGGUUUUGAUUCGUGUGAUUAAGGCAUUGUUCGAAUGUGGGGUUGUCAGAGUUGAACUGGGUAGUUGUUGGUUUGGGAGGGGGUUUCCUGAUGAGAGUGGGUUGAGUGCUGUUUUGUUGAACAUUUAUUUUGAUGGGUUUGAUAAACAAGUUCAGGAGAUGCGUCUGAGGAAGAAUGAGGAGAAUCCGAGGAUCGAGGUGAAGGAGGAUGGUGUGUUGUUUAAGCCGGCGAAGAUAUAUGCGGUUAGGUACUUGGAUGAGAUAUUAGUGAUCACAUCCGGGUCGAAAAUGUUGGCUGUGGAGUUGAGGAACUGGGUAGUGGAGUAUUUGGGAGGGAGUUUGGAGUUGAUGGUGGAUGAGAUGAGGACUUGUAUUCAUAGUGCAGUGUCUGAGAAGAUUGAUUUCAUGGGGAUGGAGUUACAGGCGGUUCCGCCUUCGGUGUUGCGCCCCACUAUGUCUGAAAAAGCUGUUAGAGCGCGGAAGAAGUACCUUAGACAGAAGGAAGUUAGAGCUUUGGAGUUGAAGAAUGCUCGGGAGAGGAAUCGAAAGAAGUUGGGGAUGAAAAUAAUGAGCCAUGUUUUUAACAAGUUGAAGACUAGUGAUAGGUUGAAAUCAGAGUAUCGAAUUGAGAAUGAGGUCAGAGAAAUCUUCAGCACCUGGGCUGAUGAAGUAGUGCAAGAGUUUCUUGGGUCCUUGGAUGAGCGUUGGGAGUGGUAUAGGAAGCUAUCAGCAGGUACUUUUCUGUCUUUAAGACACAUUAGACAACAAUUGCCUGAAGAGCUUGUAGAUUCUUAUGAUAAGUUCCAAGAGCAAGUAGACAAGCAUUUGAACCCUGUUAGAGAAAGAAAGGCAAGGGAGGAAGAAGAAAGGAGGGUAAUAGAAGAAGCAGAGCAGAAAUAUGCCAAGAGAACAGUUGAGGAUUUGACAAAGGUUUGUGUGAAAGUUGAUGCGCCUAUAGAAGUGAUGAGGAAGGCGGUUAAGUUAAUUGGGUUUACGAAUCCUAUGGGUCGUCCCAGGCCGAUUACUUUACUAACUGCUCUUGAAGACGCUGAUAUUAUUAAGUGGUAUGCUGGUAUAGGGAGAAGGUGGCUUGAUUUUUACUGCUGCUGCCACAACUUCAAGAUGGUCAAAACAAUUGUGAGUUAUCACUUGAGGUUCUCUUGCAUCUUGACACUAGCUGAAAAGCAUGAAUCCACCAAACGUGAAGCCAUGCAACAUUAUACUAAAGAUUUGAAAGUCUUUGAUAUAAAUGGAAAUGAAGAAUUAUUCUUUCCCACAGAAAGAGAGGUGAAAAUGAUGGGAGAUAAGAAUCUUUCUGAUCCAAAACCUGUGGAUGGGGCAUUUUCUUUGGCUCUGAUUAGAUUAGCUUCUGAUGAGCCUCCAUAUUCUUGUGUUGCUCAUUUCUGUGACAGAACUGAUACUAUUGUUUAUCGGGUACGAUUAUUGCAAAGUCAAUUGAAUGUGACCCCCUUGGAUGAGAAGAAAUUGGUGCUGGGUAUGGGUGCAAUUAAUGAGAGACUCCAUCUGAAAUGCUUCCCUCUUUGUUCUGAUCACAUACAUGAAUUAUACAUGGGGAGAAUUACAUUUCAAGAUAUUGACUGUACUUCCUUUGUGGAUGUAGACUGAGUUUUUAGUCCUCUGGCUUGCUACCUGAUUCUGCACACAUCUAUAUUAGGCCUGGUGAUGAAGGGAGACCAUUUGGACCAAGUUACGGCCAUUAUUCUGAAGUCAUUCAAUUCCUCAAGUUUGUUGGGCAUUGUUUAAAUUUAUGCAACAGCCUACAAAUCUGGUGCAGGCAGUACAAAUUCUCUAUCAUUUGAGGUUUGACUA